AUGAGAACUAUGUUGAAAACUCUAAUUGCGGCUACUAAUUUGCCUGUAAGGCGAUAUGCAGUGCGUUUUUGUUCUAAUGAUGCUCAAGCUAAGCAUAAAGCAGAAGAAAAACACGACCCUAAGAUUCGGAAUCGGAACCGGCCAAAAUAGAAGUUGUCAAAAAAAAUAUUGUUGUUGAAAAAUUUGGUUCCGUUAUGACACUCAACAUAGACCGUCAAAACACGAGGAACAGUCUGGACAUAGCAACACUCAAAGAAAUGACUGUAGCCAUUGAUGCAUUCGAUAAUGAUCCUGAAGCCAAAGUUUUAGUAUUCAAUGGAGAAGGUGGCAGCUUUAGUUCGGGAUUCAACAUGGAUGAUAUAGCCGCACAUGGAUAUAAUAAUUUAAAAGAUGCUGCGAUUCGUCUGGAAAGAAGACCUCUCUGCGAUAAGAUCACAAUAGCAGCAGUGUCAGGGUACGCGGUGGCAGAGGGGUUUGAGCUGGCUCUGUCAUGUGACCUGCGAGUCAUUGAGGAGACCGCUGUACUCGGCUGUCUUGGGAGGAGAUUUGGUGUUCCACAAUCAAUAUACGGAGCUCGAAAGCUGACGUCAUUGAUCGGACUAUCCCCUGCGUUGGACUUGCUCAUCACGGGCCGCCUGAUCUCGGGAGUAGACGCCAACCGACUAGGACUGGCUUGUAAACUCACUUCUACGGGCACAGCUCUGGGCGAGUCGAUAAAACUGGCGAAGUCUUUAGCAAAGUUCCCAGUGAAUGCGAUGGUGAUGGACAAGAUGGCUGCUAUCAAUUCCCAACUGAAUCCUAACUCGGAGGAGAGUAUGAGGGACGAGGCUAUAAUGCAUAGUCUAUUAGGAAACGCUAUCGAAGAUAUGAAGGAAGGAGUCAAGAAGUUCCAAGCAGGUAUUGGUAAACACGGCAAGUUCUACAAGUUAAAAGAGCUUCCAUUAAAAGACUGGGAAUUAGAAGACACAGAAGAACAAGUCACCAUUAAACUCAAAGAGGUUAAUAUAGAGAAAGAGGAUGGGAAAGACAAAUGA